AUGGCCACGGAUUUUUGGGCCAGCUCGCACUACAAUCGCUGGGUACUUGACCGAGCUACACUCAAACAGGCGCGCGCAGAAGACCUGCAAUACGUCGAUGGACCAGGAUACUUGGAUUUUCUGAACAUCUUCUUCGCCAAUUUGAUCUCGAAGCUAGGCAAGAAAUUACAGCUCAGACAGCGCGUGAUUGCCACCGCUACGGUCUUCUUCCGACGCUUUUACGUUAAGAAUGCCUACUGUGAGACGGACCCGUUUAUCGUGGCUGCCGCCUGUUGUUAUGUUGCCGCAAAGGCAGAAGAAUCACCUGUUCACAUUAAGAACGUCGUUUCGGAGGCGCGCAUGCUCUUCAGCAACAAAGAGCACGGUGUGAAGACGUUCCCUUCGGAUAAUUCGAAGCUUGCAGAGAUGGAAUUUUACCUGGUUGACGACCUGGAAUGCGACUUGACCGUCUUCCAUCCAUACCGAACGCUCAUGACGCUGGUGGGCAAGGAAGGCAACCCACAUGCCAGUGAAGCUGAAGCUGGGGAAGUAGGCAUAGGCGUAGAUGACGGGCCAAGGUACUGGGGCACUGGCGAGGGAAAACUCGAGUUGCAAGAAGGCGCCGUUCAGAUGGCUUGGUUCAUCAUCAACGAUACCUACCGCUCAGAUUUGUGCCUGCUCUACCCGCCACACCUCAUUGCGAUCGCCGCCUUGUACAUGACUCUCGCGCUUCAUUCACACACGCGGAGCCACAUUCAACUGCAAGCCCAAUCCGUGUCCCCCCAGCAAAACUCCCAAUCUAACCAUUCGCAGAGCCAAAGCGGCCCGUCUCAGCCUACGCGUCGCUCGUCCCGGUCCUCUGUCACCGCCCAAAAGAAACAGCCACAGGAUAUUAUCGGAUUCAUGGCUGGCUUGAACGUCAAUAUGGCACUCAUUGCGACGAUCGCCCAAGAGAUCAUCUCUCUGUACGCUCUGUGGGACCGCUACAAGGAGGAUGCUGGUGGCACUGAUUCGGCACGUGGGUCUUUUGCCCAUAGCAACGUCGGUACGCUUGCGGGGUCAAAACGCGCGGCGAGUGGCGUAGUGCGCAGCGGCAGCGUCAUGAGUGCGGGUACUACCAGCAGCGGUGCGACGCCUUCUGCUGGAGAUAUCAACGACCCUUCCUUGAUUAUGGAGAUGCCACAGCAAGUUGUAACGCCAGCGUUUCUGGUGCAACUGCUAUCACGAAUGAGGGAAGCACGUCUGACUGAUCUCGCUCAAUCUGCCAGCGGUAGACCUGUAGCAGUGAACAAGAUGCUGGAGCGGACUCAGGCAGCUGGGUGA